AUGGACCUUGUGGUGAGUUUUGUCAAAGGCCACGACGUGGAUUUGAAAAGGGCCAUAGCACAGGACGUUGCUAAUAACCCUGACAUCCUCGCCAAUGUUAAGAAAGUUUUUGUCAUCGGUGUGAGAGACCACAUCAAGGCUAACAACCUGACCGAGUACUUCUCCGAGUUCGGCGUGGUGGAGAAGGCUGUGAUCAUUUCUGACAAGCAGACCGGCAGGAAGAGGGGCUUUGGCUUUGUCUUCUUCGAGGACACCGACUCUGCCACCAAAGCGGUGCUGACAAAGUACCAUGUCAGCAAUGGGAACAAGGUGGAGGUGAAGAAAGCUCUCACAAGGCAGGAGAUGUCCACCGGUGGGUGCAAAAGAGGUCGCAGAAAGGGGAUGCAAGAUUAUGGUGGAGGAUAUGGGGGAUACGAUGAGGGAGGAUAUCCCAACCAGAGACUGAUGAGGGUUGCUGGAUCUUGGAGACACAUGGACUGCUUUGGGGGAAGUAACCAGAAGGAGUGA